UGAACCUCGAACGCGACCAUGCUCGCAAUCACAAGCACCGAAGCCCUUAGCAUACUUGAUCAUAUCGUGUUGAAAAAGGCCCCGUCAUCUUAUCCAUCUACCGUCGCUCUCCUUUCCCCUCCCGUAGCCAGUUCAUGGUCUUCUGACAACAAAUUCCUUUUUAUCGCCUCUGCAGAUACAAUUCACAGAUACGAUGCCGAGCACCACUCUAUAGUGGAUAUUUUCUCUACCUCAGAAUCUAUAACGUCCUUGGUAGUUAAAGGAAAAUCCUCAGUGAUUUUUGGUGCAGGUGAAAGGGUCCACGUUCUAGAGUGUGGCUCGACGACGAAGAUUUCCCAAACAUUCGUUUCCCACCAGGAUUCCGUCAAAUCUCUGUCUUCGUCCUGUGACUCGACUCUAUUGGCCUCUACCUCAUCCAAAGCUGCAUAUGUGCACAAUCUCACGCUGAUUUCACAUACAGCCCUGCGAGGCUUGCCUGUAUCUGACCAACAGUCUAUCACGACGUGCACAUUCCACUCUCAUGCUCGGACACGCUUAUUGCUUGGUAUCGGAAAGAAGGUCGUUAUAUAUGAUAUCAAUCGCCCAUCUGGACCCGCUAAGGUUAUUUCCCUGAGCGAGACUUCUUCUGGUAACAUCUGUGCGAUCUCAUGUAGCCCUUUCAGCAAAACUUUGAUUGCAGUUGCUACUACCGGAGGAACCCUUGGGCUCAUUGAUCUUGACAAGGAAAAAGGACUUUUCCGAACCAUCAAUGUCAAAGUGCCGAUUGCCUCUCUCUCCUUCUCCCAAGAAGGCGCCAGUGUCUAUUUAGGAACGGAGAACGGCAAACUUCUCAUUUUGGAUUUGCGUUCACUUGAUAAACCUCCUAAAUCCGUAGUCCUUAGUGAGAAUGGUGCACGAUUGGCAACAAUGAGUGUUCAGGCCAAAUCAGCCUCAGAAACAACCAAGAACCCCCCUGCGACUACCAAAAGCACCGAACUCUCUAAACCUACCUCACGCAAGCCAUCAGCUACCAUCGCCUCUGUAAACAAACCCUCGCCUGCUAGACGCAUUGUGUCAGUCUCAUCAAAGGGCAAAGAGCCCGCAAGGCUGACCGCAGGUACUGAAAGAGUUUCUGCCGCAAAGGAGAAGGAAGGUGUCAACAAGAAGGUAUUCUCACCUCUGAGGAACCUGCUGAGCAUCAGUAACGGAGGAAAUACAAGUCUCAAUCAUAGUGAUGAGUUUUCUCUACAAAUCGAUACCCUGCCUGUCGUGCGUGACAAAUCUAAGGUGUCUAGACCAGCACCAGUUCGAGAUACUCCCGAGCGAGUACGAGAUCCCGCGUCCUCUGCUCUUUCCAACUCGGAUUCCGCUUCUCGGAUUGGUACAUCCGCUAGACUCCGUCCACGACCUCAGCCUUCACCUCUAUCUGCAUCCGCCUCCAGGUCUAAGUUAUCUCCAAAAGAGGAUCUUCGACGUACACGCACUGUUUCCACGACUUCCAGGACGGCGGCAGUAUCUUCGCCACUUUCUGCUUCAACAUCAAAGAAAGUCAAUGAAGAUGCCACGGGUGUUUCUCGCAGGACGCGGACUGUAUCUACCAGCUCUACUCGUACAUCGAGGGCUCCGAAAGCUUCCGACGUCACAGUUACAACAACGGAGUCAAUCUCUGCAGCUGCAACACGUACAAGGACAGAGGUAGAUCAUCUUUCUGUACCGAAAGACGUCAAAAAGUCGAGGGUUAUCUUCCCUAGCUCACACGCUUCAUCGUCGAAAGUAGAAACAAAGACUGGUUCUACUUCCGGAGCAGGUCCACAGUCCAACGCUCGCACACCGUCCCCCGAUUUAUCUGAUAUUGAAGCUAUGACAAGUUCUGGUCCUGGUCCUGUUACACCGUUGCCUGCUAGUAGACGUAGAGGGAUGGCUUCCCCAGUGCUCGGCGCGCCGGUAGGCAUUGAGGUCAAUGCAGAUGAUGACGUCGACCUGCCGGUACCGGGAAACAAAUCUCGAAAGAGAGAUUCCGGUAAAGGCAAGGCAAGAACUGUGCUUUUCCAAGACUCCGGGAAGGAAUUUGACAAUGGGUGCGCUGUUCGCGAGGCAAGCUCAGAUGAUGAUAUUGAGUCGGAGAAAGAAAACCAACGGGAGGAAAGUGUUUCCUGGCAAAUAUCACCCCGAAGACCUGGGUCUAUAGGUCCCUCCGGUGGUCCAUCCGCCUCGUCCAUGCCUUGGAACGGAUCUCCCAUUCGUCAUUCCCAGUCAUAUCUCCACAAGCAAUAUGCUAACAUCCCAGGAUCUCCUGGUGGAACUUCCCCACAAGGUCUUUUACGAAACAUCGUUCGAGAUGUGAUGUAUGACUUUCACCAAGAGUCUCGCGCGGAGAUGAUGAGUUUGCAUCUGGACCUAGUCAGCAUGGGAAGGGGAUGGAAGAAGGAAUUAAGAGAGCUGAUGGGUGAGUACGGUGGAGAGUUGAAGGAGCUUAGGGAAGAAAAUCGAAGGUUAAGGGAAGAGAACGAAAGGCUACGGAGGGGAUAUUAG